ACAUGGGCUGCGGCGGCUCCAAGUCGGUGGCGGCCGUCCAACCUCUAGACGACGAGGCUGAGAAUGUCUCCAAGGUUGAAGUGCUCAAAGAAAACGGCGUCAGCGAUGGUCUGGACAGAAUACAGAGCGUACCGGACAACCACAUACCGAACGGAAGCCCGGCGGACCAGCCAGACCAGACCAGCACGCAGCUAAACCCUGCCAGCCCGCCGCAGCUGCUGCCCGUCAAGCAAGCCAACGGCUCGUCGGCAAUCGCGUUCGAGAUUCCGCUGGAGGCGGGCGAGAGUCUGAUCCAGCGGCACCCGCCCAAGCGUUUCCAGCGGCUCGAGGAUAACCAGCUGACGCUGGAGAUCUUCGAGGGCAAGCACGCCAACGCCGCCGAACGGAGGAGCAAGCUAUUGAACCAGCGCGUGCAGAGCGCUCGGGUGCGAAACCUGCGCAGCGCCGGCCGCGCCAAGUCUCGCACAACCAUGCGCUCGGACGACGACCCGAUCGAGGGUGGCGUAGCCGACCAGAGGAAGGACGAGUCCGAACUGUCAUAGGUACAUCCUAGUCCAUAGCGCAUUAUGUUCACUGGUUCCUCGGAGAUGAACCGGUGAAUGACGCGCUGCUCCUGAGCGUUGGCUGCCCAUCCGCCCGACUUCGAACCAGAGUCGAUCGUCUGUCUUCUUCAAAACGAGAUCAUGGGCCUCGUCAAGCUCACAGAGGCCACCGUUUUCGGCUAUCUCGACUGCUGUGCAAGCUUCGAUGGAGGACGGAGCUCGAAGUGGAGCAGUGCACGGGACUCGCGAGAGCACCGACGCCGGUACGGUGCUGGCAGCAGACGACUGCUUUUCAGCGCCAUCGUGCUCGAGCUGAACGUGGUCACCUGAGAGGCAAUCAGCCGAAAGGCACCAUCAGCCAACAUGCAUUUCCGGCAUACGGUCCAGAGCGCUUCGCCUGUGCGGACUGGGCCGGCAUUCCGUCCAGAGCACUCCGCCUGUGCUAUAUGGGCCGGCAUUCUGUCCAGAGCACUCCAUCUGUGCUGCCUGGGCAUGUUGCUGUGAGCUGUAAAAGGCACUAAACGUUCAGGUGACAUGCUGAGAUCGAUUGCGAAGGGAGGUUUUUUGCGAGAGGUAGGUGCGUUUUGGUUUGACCUAUACGAGACAUGUAGCAUGUGAUACGUCGAAGAUGGCAGACUGCAUUGUACACUCUUGUUUGUAUGCAUGCUAGUCCAGGCUAUCGUCGUGCUUUGUGCUGAGGGAAAAACUUUCAUAAUACUGCGUCAGAAACAAAACUCGGGUGAACAAGAUAAAACUUCAUAAGUGAUCAAUGCAUUAUGUGAAGAACUCGGUUUGCUGUGAAAUGCAUGGCAAAUGCUUGGAAUGUAUCAUAUAUGGAUGUGUUUGGAAAUAAACACUUGUUCCAAGUGUUUUCCCCGGCCUUACGAGCCACCCAAUCAGGGGAUCAUCAGCUGGAGUAGACCUAUGAAUAAAGAAAA